AUGACUAAAAUGAAGAGCAGGGUAUCACGAAUUGGAAGCUAUGCAAUUGCAUCUUCCAAAAGAGACGGCCACCAUCAACAGCCUUGCAUUACGUGCACCACUUUCAACAUCCUCGCUCCAAUCUACAAGCGCCUCAACCAUGACAGCGUAUUGGCUGGCCAGGAAUCAAAGGAUAUUGGAUUGUUGUUGGCGGAGAGAUCUUCCAUCAUUUGUCUUCAGGAGUUCUGGGUAGGAAAUGAAGAGCUAGUGAAGAUUUAUGAGAAGAGACUUGGUGAUGCUGGUUAUGUCAACUUUCAGCUAGCACGGACCAACAACCGUGGCGAUGGUUUGCUGACUGCGGUGCAUAAGGACUACUUUAGAGUUGUAAACUAUCAGGAGAUUCUAUUCAAUGAUUGCGGAUAUCCUCAUUGUGAACACCCACUUGUUAUUUCCUCACGACUCCAGUUUGUGUAUAGUUCGAUUGCUCAGGUCUACAGAAUCUUACAAUACGUAGAGUCUUAUCAAAAAGAGAACAAGCUUAAUCCCAUGCCCAUCAUACUCUGCGGUGACUGGAAUGGAAGCAAACGUGGACAUGUUUACAAGUUUCUUAGGUCCCAAGGGUUUGUAUCUUCUUAUGAUACUGCUCAUCAUUACACCGAUGCAGAUGCACACAAGUGGGUUAGCCACCGAAACCACAGGGGAAACAUAUGUGGCGUUGAUUUUAUAUGGCUUCUCAAUCCUAAUAGUUACCGCAAAUUACUAAAAACAAGUUGGAGUGAGGCAGUAUUUGGGAUGUUCAAGUAUCUACUACGAAAAGCUUCCCUGACAGAAGAUGAUGCCUUUGCCUUUUUGAAGGCUGAUAAUCCUGGUGAUUACAUUACCUAUUCAGGUUUCUGUGAAGCACUUCGACAGCUUAAUAUGACUGGUCAUUGCCAUGGACUUAGCCUUGAAGAGACCAAGGACUUGUGGGUCCAAGCAGACAUAGAUGGAAAUGGUAUUCUUGAUUACGCAGAAUUUCAGCAACGAAUUUGGAAUCCUACGGGAUCAGAGCAGAGAGAUGAAAGUGGUAAUGACAGUGAUAGUGGUUCCAAGGGAAAUCAGGAACAAACAAUUGGUUUCAGUGUCAAAAAUGCGGUUCUCUUCCCUCCUGAAGUGGAGAAAGGAACUUGGCCUGAAGACUACUCUCUUUCCGAUCAUGCACGACUCACAGUAGUGUUCUCACCAAUAAGAAUGCCAUGCUCUCAGAUGAUUCUCUGA